UUUCUGAGUCCGUUAACGUUACAUGAUCGUUCUCUCGCUAUCCGCUUCUUAAGUUUUCCGCUAUUUUUAUUGGCGAUUUGGCAUCUUUAUUUUUACCAAUUUUAAAUCUUCCAAAUCAUAUAUCCAUAACAAUCGCAUGUAUUCGUACGACGGAAAAAAUACGUUACUACGCAUACCACUUCACUCAGGGUUUACCAGAGAACCGUUAACAGUAGUUAGAAGUAGCGAUACGAAAGAUAAACAAAUUGGCGACAUCCUGAAUAUCCACAGUAAGAUUUGGUACUCGCUGAUGCAUUCCUACAAAGUUUGCACUUAAAAGCUUUAUAUGAAUACAGUUUCCACCAUAUCAUUUGUUGAGGCUUUUUCCCCUUCAGUAAUUUUACUAUGAGAUUUUGAUAGAGAUUUGGGGAUACCUUUGUCAGGACAGUGAAAUUUAGAUUUCAAGAUUGUGUUGCCACGAACCUCAUGAUGUGCUAAUGAAAAAAAGCUGAUAAAUCAUCACAUAUUUCUGAAUAAAUGUGGCAAGAAUAAGAAAGGCUUGACUUUUCGAAGAUCCACAGUCCUAAUUUGCAUCGUACAACAUCUCUCGAUGGAAUCGAAGAACCAUGAAAAAAUAAAUUCCCUAAUACAUAUGUUUAGAAAAUGUUAAUCAUACCAUACUUUUUUAUAAUUAUUAGUGCAUAUUUGUGAGUAUUGUUACUCACAUAGAAAUAAGAGUAAUUUUAUUCUUAUGAACCCAUGUUAUAAAAAAAUUUUCCAAAAAUUACAUUCAGAGUUUUUCCUUUCGAUUCACCAAAUGAAGAAAUUUCAUUUUUUGCAAUAUAUGGACAACAGCAUUUAAAUUGCAUUCACCGUGAAAAUUUUACUGUCAAACUUUAAUUAAAGAGCAGGCUCGUUCUCGAGACAUGCAGAGAGAAAUGCUUUAAAACCGCAAUUUUCCCGUUCACCUUAUAAUGGAGAAACCAUAUGCUUGCAAAUUUUGUGAUAUUUUCCCGGUUUCCCAAUUUAAAGAAACAUUUAGUGAUGCAUUCAAAAGAGAAACCGUAUUCAUGUGACAUUUUUAGUAAAGCAUUUUUUCAACAGUCUCAUUUAAAAAUUCAUUUAAUGUCGCAUAUGAACGAGGAAUCCUACCCUUGCAACUUUUGCAACAAAGUCUUUUGUAAUAUUUCCGAUUUCAAAAGACAUUUACGGACGCAUACACAAGAGAAACUGUUUAAAUGCGAGUUUUGUAAGAAAGACUUUUCCAGGAACGAGCAUUUAAAAGUACAUUUGCGUCUGCAUACACAAGAGAAACUGUUUACAUGCGAGGUUUGCAAGAAAGCCUUUUCCAGGAACGAGAAUUUAAAAGUACAUUUGCGUCUGCAUACACAAGAGAAAGCGUUUACAUGCGAGUUUUGCAAGAAAGCUUUUUCCAGGAACGAGCAUUUAAAAGUACAUUUGCGUCUGCAUACACAAGAGAAACUGUUUACAUGCGAGGUUUGCAAGAAAGCCUUUUCCAGGAACGAGCAUUUAAAAGUACAUUUGCAUCUGCAUACACAAGAGAAACUGUUUACAUGCGAGGUUUGCAAGAAAGCCUUUUCCAAGAACGAGAAUUUAAAAGUACAUUUGCGUCUGCAUACACAAGAGAAACUGUUUAUAUGCGAGUUUUGCAAGAAAGCCUUUUCCCUGAACGAACAUUUAAAAAGACAUUUACGUACGCAUACGGGUGAGAAACCGUAUACAUGUGAAUGUUGUAAUAAACACUUUUCGUCUACGGGGAAUUUGAUAAAACAUUUACGGACGCAUACUGGAGAGAAGCCAUAUGCAUGUGAAAUUUGUAACAAAUCCUUUUCGCAUCAGUAUAGUUAUAAAAGACAUUUACGUACACAUACGGGAGAGAAACCGUAUUCAUGUGAAUUUUGUAACAUAACCUUUUCGGAUAAAGUGAAUUUGAAACGACAUUUACAGACGCAUAUACAGGAGAAACUGUUUACAUGCGAGUUUUGCAAGAAAUCCUUUUCCCAGAACGGUGAUUUAAAAAUGCAUUUACGUACGCAUACGGGCGAGAAACCGUAUACAUGUGAAUGUUGUAACAAACCCUUUUCAGAUAAAUGGAGUUUCAAAACACAUUUACAGACGCAUACGGGAGAAAAACCAUAUAAGUGUGGAUAUUGUAACAAAUCUUUUUCGAAGAAUUUGAGUCUCAAAAGACAUUUACAUACACAUACGGGAGAGAAACCCUAAACAUGUUAAUUUUAUAAUAAGGCAAAUUCUCAGCGGUUAUAUUUAAAAAAUCAUUAACUGUCGCAUGCGUAAGAUAGACUCCACGGUUGGAAUUUUUGUAACAAAGCCGUUACUGCUUCAACUUAAAAUGACAUUUACGAAUCUAUAUAGAAGAGAAACCGUAUGUUUGUGAAAUUCGCUGUGAAGUGUUUUCUGAAGAGCGUGGAUAAGACUUGCAUUUGAUGAUCCAUUUGGAGAAAAAAAAAUAGUGUGCAUGGGACAUUUGCAGUAAUCCAUUUAUUCAGCGUUCUGAUUUAAACAUACAUCUACGAACGCUUAUGAAGGGAAACCGUACACAUGUGACACUUGCAAUAAAGCUCUUCUGAGUCGUGCUGAUUAAAAGAAACAUUUAUUGAUGCAUACGAAAGUGACACCGCGUUCAUGUGACAUCUCUAAAUACGACUUUUCAAAUUUGAAAGUAUAUUUAUGAACGCAUACGAAAAAUGUGACUUCUGUCAUAUAAGAUAUUCUCAUUCCAGUUCUUUCAGCAGAGACUUGACAAUGCAUAUCAUAGAAAAUGAAUCAAUUAUACACCUCUGAUUCAACGCUUGCUAAUGGGUGAACUUCACCUCAUUUUAACGAGAAAGACUUAUAAUAAGGAUUUUAUUUUAGCAAGUUAAUGUUUCAGAAAGCAUAGAUAAAAAAAAGGGGGGGCUUAUUAUUUUACUAAAAAAUACUGAAAUAAUCUCUUCUAGAAAUUCUAUUUUGUAUGACACAGCACCUAAUGCAUGUUCACUGUUAUAAUACUGGGCAAUUAUGAUACUUAAAUGAAUAUUCCGACAUUGCAGAGCUUUUGAAGAAAACAAAACAAAGUAAAAUCGUGUUGUUCAUCCGGAAUUACAAAUGGCAGUUGAAAACUUAAACAAUGCAGUUAUAAAUGUUCAUUAGAAACACCUCCAAAAAUAUGAAAAAUAUCAAGACGAUACGAUCACUCCUGCCAUACCCUUUCAGUUUCUCCAAUAUCAUGCUUUGAAAGCCUGCAGAUGUGCAUAUUUUAAAUUUAUGAACAUCAUUUGAUUGCGGGAGAACAAACACCUGCAGUUUAGUCCCAAUAAGAAAGGGAGGGGGGGUCAAGUAUCGUCCUACAUGCAUUUCCGCUAUCUUUUUAAGCUUCACAUCUUGCAUGCAGAAAUGUGUGGAUGAGUUAUCGCACUGCUUCGGUAUCCUUCGUGUUUCCGGACGGACUCGCAUUAUAACUGUGUUGAAUUUUAAUUUUCAGUUGUUAUUUUUGAAUUCCGAUAAGCAAGAAGAUUGUUUUCUUUUAACAAAUCGGCAAAUUUGGAACUUUCUUGUAUAAUCACCUUGUAUUCUGUGAAACAUAUAAAUGAAUAUUUAUGACUUAAUUACUUAUUUCAUGGGAAGUCAGCUUAUUAAUGCGAAUGUUUUAUA